AGUCAGUCAGCCAGUCACUCACUUCACGUCAGUAAAGUUAUGGAAUUGAAUUGAAGUCGUCGACAUUUGUUUAAGUUUUGGAAGUUAUUAAAACAUUCAAACUAACUUUAAAAGUUGUGAAAUAAAUUGUUUAUAACGUAAGAUUAGGAUUUAUUGCACUAGGAUAGCAGAAAACUACAUGAAAAGUUGUUUAAGUGAACUUUUUUGUGAUGUUUCGUGUUGAAUAACUGUUUAUUGUUUUGUGUAGGUGGCUACUGGCUACUCGUAUGUGGAUCGGUUUGGCCCAAUGUGAAAGUGUAUAUUCGCAUUAAAAUUAGAUCCCAUUGUUCAAAUCUUUCCGGGUAACUGCAGUGUUGAGAACAUAAAGUAUUACACUUUACAUAAGAUAUUCCUUGAUACUUAUACCAAGAUGUAUUGAUGCGGUGAUUUAUGGUUUACCAUUUCUAUAGUUUUUAAAGUGACAAUGAAUGUGCCAUCAAAGGAAAAUGUGGGAAUCAUAUCUUCAGACGAAGGUGGCGGCAGCUCGGACUCGCGGUCGGACAGCAGCGAGGACGAAGUGACGGAGCACGUGGCCGCCACACCUGUCACAAUGGCCGCCGCCAGGGCGCAGGUGCCCACCAUAAGCGUAACGCCGCACAGUCCAGGCGUGCUCGACGACAGCCUGCAGCAGCUGCGUCGCCUACACGCGGCCGUGCAGCGCAUGCGAGCCGCGCCUCUACCACUGCUGGCAACAGGCACAAGUCGUCUCAGCACAUCGUGUCCGUCACUGUGCAAAGAUGGCGUGGUGGAACAGGAGUGUUCCUCGCCCACACACUUGGACUUCUAUCCGCAAAGUCGGAAAGGCAGCGGUGAAUCCCGGCAGUGGGGACUAUGGGACCGCCGGGACGAAGGCAGGCGGAGCUCGUGGGCCGCCCUGGAGCCCACCGCGCGCCUGCACGACGCGCAGCGACAACGCAGUGCGCUGAACGGCCACAGCGCGUCGCUGUCGUCCAUGGAGUCGGAGGGGGAGGCGCCGCGCCCGGUGCGGCACUCGACGCAUUCGCUCAACGACAAUGAUUUCGCUAAGGACUUCGAGAAGGUGACGGCGGCGCUGCGCGCGGCGGCCGGCGAGCCCGCCAGCGGCAGCGGCGCGGCCCGCCUGCUGCCGCGCCUGCCGCUGCAGAAGUCCGUCUCCACGCCCAGCAUCGUGGCCGCCGUGCACCCCGCGCAGCCGCCGCCCGCCGCCAACGCCUUAUCCACGGGUGGUGCGAGCGAGACGGAAAGUGACGAGGACGCGUCGGCCGCGAGCGCGGGCGCCGCCGCACAGGGUAUCGGCAGACGGAACAAUACGCACCAGGAACACCUCGGGUUGCAUCGCUUGGCGUUCUUGGAACAAGCCGCGUACGAACACCACGCAGAGAAACGAAGGAAAAGAGGCAGCUUGUUCUUCAGAAAGAAAAAGGACAAGUCGCGCAAGGCGGCGCACGCGUGGCAGGCGGCGGUGACGGGCGCGCACUGCGACUGGUGCGCGCGGGAACUGGCCGACAAACCCGCCUUGUAUUGUGACAAUUGUACCAUGACCGUGCAUCAAAACGUGUGCAAAGAUUACAUAGUGGAAUGCAAUAAACCUAAAUCUUCCAAGACUUCAGUGGGAAAGUCACUCAGUGCCAGCGGUAAAAGCAGCAAAAGGAGUUCUGUGUCCGGUCAAUCUCAAAAUUCAAAUAGCACGAGCCAUAUCUAUAAUGAUGAGAAGGACGGCUCCGAUCACAAACACGACCAGAGCAAUGCAUCAGACGACGCGGGCGCGGGCGAGUGGCCAGAAGUGUACAUAACAUCGGACCAGCUCGGGGAUGAGGCGGUGCUGCUGGGUCUAGGCGCCCUAGAGCCCGACACGUGGGCUGCCGGCGCGCCCAAGGGACUUGCCAAGUCAAUAGGAGAUAGAGAAACAAAAAGGCAGGAGCACAUAUAUGAACUCAUAUUAACAGAAAAACAUCAUUGUCUUACGAUACGGCUCAUGCAAAAGAUGUUCGCGGACGGCAUGGCGCGGCUGGCGGUGGUGUCGGAGGCGCAGGUGGCGCGCAUGUUCCCGCGGCUGGACGAGCUGUGGGCGCUGCACGCGGCGCUGCUGGCGCGCCUGCGUGCUCGCCAGCGCACGGCGCCGCGCGUGCACACCAUCGCCGACAUCCUGGCCGACACGUUCGCGCCGCCCGCGCACUACAGGCUCAAGGCCGCCUACGGUGAAUUCUGCGCGAGGCACCGAGACGCGGUGGAGGUAUUCAAGGAGUGUUGCGCGAGGGAGCCGCGACUGUCGCGGUUUAUACGCAAGUGCCAACAGAACCCGCUGCUUAGGAAAAAGGGAGUACCAGAGUGUGUGCUGUUCGUAGCGCAGAGGCUGACCAAGUACCCGCUGCUGUUGGAGCCGCUACUGAAGACUGCGGGCGAAGACGUCGGAGAGAGAGAAAUGUUGCAGAAAGCACUUUGCGGAGUGAAGGAAAUCCUAGUGGACGUAGACAACCAAGUGGCAGCUAAAGAAAGGGAAGAUCGCAAACUGGAGAUCUACCAUCGCAUCGACGCCAAGUCGUUCGCCAACUUCCGAGGACGCAAGUUCAAGAAAAGUGACAUAUUGCAAGGCAACAGGAGUCUGAAGUUCGAAGGCGUGGCAACGCUCAUGCAGGGUCGCAGCAAGAUGCAGACGCUGCUGGUGAUUGUGCUGACCGACGUGCUGUUCUUUCUGCACGACAACAACAACAAGUACACGUUCUUCACUCCUGACAAUAAGACUGGCGUAGUGUCACUGUGGAAGCUGCUAGUGCGGGAGAAGGCGGGCGCGGAGGGUCGCGGGCUGUACCUGAUAUGUAACGGCCCGCCCGAGCCCGAGAUGUUCGAGCUGAGGGUGCACCGCCCCAAGGACAUCGGCAACUGGAUACACGCCAUUCGAGGCGCAGUGCAAAGUUGUCCCGAAGAGGUGGAGGAGGCGGAGGCGGGCGCGGCGGCCACCUCCGCGGAGGAGAGGCAGCGACAGCUGGAGGCGAGACACGAGAACAUAAGACUGAUUACAGAGGCUUUACGAGCGAAGGACCGCGAACACGCGCAGCUGCUAGAAGAGAAAAUGGCGCUUCACAUGAAGAUGGUGGGCCACACUGGCUCGACCACGCUGGAUGUUCCUAACACUGGUGUGUCGUCAGUGUUUCCGGGCGGGCUCGUGUUCCCGGACUACGUGCGGCUGGCGGCGCCGUCCCCGGACACGCACGCGCUGUGGCAAGAAGUUUGCAAAGUUGUCAAGGACGCCCUCGAAGCGUCAAGCAGCGGGUGGGCGCAGCUGGCGGGCGGCGCGGCCCUGGGGCGCAGCACCAGCUCGGCGGGCGAGCGCCACUCCGCCACCUACCAGAGCCCGGCGCUGCCGCGGCGCGCCGACACCUUCGCCGGAUUCGACGCGCAGCAGCACCGAGGCGUGGCAGUGCGCACGUCGACGUCGGACACGCCGCCCGAGGCGCGCGCCGGUGCGGCGGGCGAGGCGGGGGAGGUGCGCGGGCGGGACGAGGCGGACGCGGCGCUCAAGCUGCAGCACGCCAUAUACACGCUCGCCUGCAUCGUGUGGCAGCAGCUCACCACCAUACACAGCUUGGAGGCGCAAGUGUGCGCGUGGCGGUCGGUGGGCGCGGGCGGCGCGGGGCGGGCGCACGACGCGCAGCUGGAGGAGUUGCGGCACGCGCAGGCGCGCCUCACCGCCGAGCGGGCCAACUGGGAGGCGCAGAGGGCAGCCGACCGAGAUGCGCUCGAACAUGAACGAAUGCAACUCCAAGUGGCUCGCCAGGAGUUGGAGGAACAGCAAAAGGACGUUGAGCAGCAACGGGAAAGGUUGUACCGGCGGUUGGAGAGGUUGCAACAACACGGCGGUUCACAAGAGGAAAUAGCCAGCGUGGGUACAUUGUCACCUGAUUCCAGCGUUAGCGAUACGAAUCGACGGAAAGAGCCGAAAUGGAGAAAUAACCGCGGCUCAACGGGCUCCGAGUCGUCGACCAGCGCGUGCAGCGUGCGCGGUGCGGCGCUUCCCCCGCCGCAGCUGCUGUCCGCGCAGAACGAGACCAGGGCCACCGUGCGCGCGCCCGCCAUACAGCAAAUGGUGAAACAGCAGUUACCGCUGAAGCUGGCGAGCGGCAAGGGGCAGCAACCCCCGCCGGGCUACCACCGCCUGCACGAGUCGCCUUGCGAGGGCCUAGUGAUACAUCACACACGCACCGGCAGCUCGCCCGCCCCUCUGCCUUCGCAACAGCUUCCCAACAAUAAAGCCACAAGAACAAACACAUACCCCAAACUGCCGGACAAGUUCCGGGUGCGGUCACCGGACGUGCCGCUCGUCGCGCCCGCUACCGCGCCCGUGCCCGCUCACGCGCCCGCGCACGCGCCCGAGGAGGAGGUCAUAUACUUCUGACACGCGCGUUCGCGUAGCGGCAACAAGAGCUCCUGAGAGUGCCGGUUAUCUUAAACCCCCUUCACUCUGACCAUUCCCCUUACCAAUAUAACCUAUAACAUUUUGUUUAGCUCGUUCAUUUAACAAAUAUCUUUUUAUAUACAAUUUGUAUGCUCGUUUCGGCGUAUAUUCACAACAAUAACUUUGCAAUUGAGUGUUAUGUUUUAUCUAAUAAGGAUUACGCAUUGCAUCCGAUGCUAAUCUGUGAAAAAAUGUUCUGAAUUCAUAGAAUUAUAUUGGUAGCUCACGCACUCCUUCUUCCUUGAGAAUACCUCUGAUGUGCCUCGGAUGCAAGUCGGAUGUAUCCGUGGAACUCUAUUGCGAGGCGAAUGCCAAAGUUGUCUGACGAAUAGCGUGGAUUUUGAUCAGAAAUCGGAUUAGUGCUAGAGCAAUAUUCGAAUUUGGUCUGAGUUUUUUAAAUCUGUUUUUCACAGAUUCAGAUCAGAUGCAGUGCGUAACCGCCCUAAGGGUCGUCCUAGGCAGAUUUUUUAAAGUUGCAAAAUUUCCUUACAAUUUAAGAAUAAUCCCCGAUUUAAGUAUUAUUCUGACGCUUUGUUUCAUAAUAUACGGAAUUGGAACAAAAAGAGUUUAAAAAGGGUAAAAAAAAGUGUGUAUUACUAUAAAAACGAGUGAAUUUUGGACGUUUAAACGUUUAACGCAAAGACGAAUUUGACAGUAGUUUAUUGUUAUCGUAGCUAUAAAUUUUAAAAAAUCGAUUAUAACCUGUUAUAAAUCUUUUUUAUAUAUUUCAUUUGACGAUAACUUCAAACAUCGGCUUCUUAUUGUGUAUGACUACUAUAUGAAAUAUUAUAUACUUUAAUUUAUAUAUUUAGGGAUUCGCAAUGAAAAAAAUUUACACAUUUUAAAGAAAUUUUGGUUAUUGUGACUUAAAUCUUAGGAUGCAAUUUAUCAAUCAGUAACAUUUUUGUUUCACCACUUUUAUAGAAGAGAAGAUUUUAAAGAAGGGAUUUAAAAUAACUAAUCGAUAUUUAUCUAAAAUUGUUAUUACACCGUUUUCGAGAAUUGCAACUUAAAUUGGCAGCUAAUAUUUUUAUUGUUAUUUUUUCUUUGUUUUAUAUUUUCUACUAUAGUAAUAAUACAGUUCCUUGCAGCUAUGUACAACACUUUGCAGCUAUCACUUCGUUUACGGUUACCUAAUUUUUUUCAAAUAAUAAUCUCCUCAAUAUUAAAAAUUAAUUACAAUUAAUGUUAUGAAACGAUACCUAGUCAAGUUAAAAAUAAAGGUGACGACAAAUAUUAUUAAAAUAAAAAGAACCUAGAAUAAGGUUUUUAAAUAAUGUAGGCAGCUUGGAUUCUAUGUUAUAGUAUGCGCCAGACUACAAGUCCGCCUUGAACACGAGGCGCAUACAAAAACAUCCCAGUGGAGUUGCGAGUGGCAAGUUCAGAACGAACUAGAAGUGUGGAGCAUACUAUGCAUAUCUAUAACUGAUAUAAAAGUAUACUAUAAGGGAUUCUAAAAGUCGGUACUUACUUCCACUUCACAUCUCCGAUUCAAAGCUUUAUGCCGUUUAUUCCGAGUCGACGUCUAUAAAAAGCUUAACUCUACUCGUCCUAAUAGUCUAUUAAAGCUUCCGCAUUGGCAUAAACAUCCUUCCUGUGAUCCCAUUAAAGAAUCUACAGUCCACAGAUUCAGAAUUAUUUUUAUUUUUAUUUCAUUGUAACUUUGACUAUAAUUUCGAUUCAUGCUUGUGGCGCCCCCAAUAUUAUAGUAUUUCCAAUCAGGCCAUAAUAAAAUCCUUGGUGUCCCCAGCAGUAAUUUAAAUUUCGGGUCACUUAAAAACGUGCAUCACAUUAUUAAGUAAGUUUCAAUUAAUUUGGAAUAAUCUUGAAUUAAAUACACUGUUAUAAUAAUAAAAUAAAUGUUUGAUGAAAUUAUUGUAAAUAAUAUCUUGUUGAAUAUACAAUUGAAGUUUGAUGUAGAAUAGGAAUUUUGAAACAAAUAAAAAUUAUUAUUUUCGCGUCUAAAUAAGUAAAAGUGGAUGCUACUCGGUACUAAUGUCUAAGGAUAUUAAUGUUACUCAAAUAUUAGCAUGAUGUAAUUUAAUUAAAUAAUAAUCAAUUGGUGUCAUACUUAACACUAAAUUAAAACGAGUAUGUAUUUUUUUACAUAUUGGAUUAAGUUGUUUUAUACUUAUUAACUUUUAAUUUCCAAUGUUUAUAUACUAAACAAACCUAAUACGUCAUAAAACCUGAAUACUUGUUGGACAUUCUCAAAAAUUUCACCAUUUUAAAAUCAAUAAAUAGUUGAAAUAUUUUUCAAUUUAUUUCAUAAUAGUUUACAGUUUAUAAAAUUGAAAAUUUUUUAACAUUAAAAAUAUAUAAUAAUUAUGAUUAUUAUAAAAAUGGAACAAUAUAAUAAAAAUUUAAAUUUACUACAAUAAUUAACUAAAUGCACCGUUUUAAAAGAGUUAUAUACAUAUAAAGAGUUAUUAUAUUUCUACCACGAAAAGCUUUACAUUUUAACUAUUCGAUAUUAAUAUAUAAGGAAACACUAUUUUCUUUGAUAUACACUUGAAAAUGACAGAUAAAUACAGUCCUCUCCCGCGUAGUACAUGAACUAUGAAUAAAUUACAUUAUUUAAAUUUAUUUAAACAUAUAAGCAUACUCGUAUUCAACAUUUUCAUUAAAAUGUCAAAAUAGUUUUAUUCUAAUAUUUGUGUUUCAUAACAGUUGCUUAAAAAAGUAUAGCAAAAAUUGGAAUUUCAAUCGAUUUUUCAUGUUGAUUUUUUUUCCACGCGCAGUUUUUAUAUAGUUGUCCACUUGGUGAAAAAUCUUAUAUUCUUAUUUUAUUUAAUAUUUAAAUAAUAAUUAAUUUUAAAGCAUUACAUCACUACACAAUGUCGUCUUUUAGUAGAUUACUGUUAUAUAAUGUAUGUAAAUAUGUUGAAAAUUAUAACACUUAAUGUAUGUAAUAGGAUGUUAUAUUCGAUAAUCAAGUAUUUAACUCUUAAAUGAUUAUACUAUAUAUACGUAUACUACGUUACUGAGAGUGGCAAUUGCAUGUAUCAUGAGCAAUAUGUGAAAAUAUUUUAUAUUAAUAAAUUUCAAUGGAUCAAAGAAUUAUAUUAAUAUAAGAUAUUUUAGACAUUUAUUUGUCGUCCAGGAUGAUUUAGUUCCAAUUUAAUUAGAGAUAUUAAGAAUUUGUUAUUAAACAAAUAUUUUACAAAGAUGAGAAAAUGUUUGCAAAAACAAUUAUGUAAUUGGUAAUUACAUAUUUUAAUAAUUUGCUUGCAAUUUAUGUGAUUGCAUGUCUGACAUCAUCAUGUCAUAAGUAGGGUUGUUUCAUGGCCUUGCUUUGUAAGGUAUUAAAUACACUUCAGUCAUGUCUUAGUCCGCUUUAAUGUAGAAUUACAUUUGACAAAUUGAUUACAAUAUAUUUAUAAAGUUUCAGAAAUAUAAUGUUGAAUCAUACGUUUAAUAAACAUUUCACAAAAAGCUUAGCUUUUAAAAAUGUUUGCAAAAAAACUUUUACAUAAUUAUAUUCGCAAUAGCACAGAUUUUCCGCUUGUUUCUUGCUAUUUUAGGAAGGACUUGGGACAGACUUACCUUAACUUCGCCACCAACACAAUCUCCCCUAUAAUGUAUUGAGAUUAUUGAACGAUUAUUAUUAUUAUUUGUUAAGAGAACGAACGUUUGUCAUUUUGAUAAUGACAUACAAUUGCUAGUCUUACGCAUUUAAUAUAAGAUUGCUUGCAGGUAUUCCUUUAUAGUGAAAUUAAUGGUAAGUUGCCAUAAUUAAUCCAUACUCUUAACUUGACCUAAAGAACAAUUGAGUGAGAAAACCCAAGCGAAAGUGACGCUAAUAAAGUUAUCCUCUUUAUAUAAAGUCUUCCUUCCGUUACCCGUUUUGCCUUUUUCAAGUGGUUAAGGAGUCUUAAAUCUGAAUGCCCAAUGGUGACGUUAAAAGUCACAUAAUUCGUGUCCUAUAUAACUGCAGAUUUAUUCUUAAAUUAAAUAGAUAGUUUACAUUUUAAAAUGAGCCUUUCGUAAAUGAUGAUACAUAAUUUCCUUGCAUUAUAUGAAUCGGUAACCAAUAUAAUUUACCCAUUUAUCACUUGUAUUUUUUGAUCGCUAGUUGUUGUUGUUGGAGUAUCUGCAGGCGGUUGUUGUUCUCACAAAGUAUAAUAUUGUUGUUAACAAGAACUCAUGAAGACUAUUGUAACUAUUUUUCGUGCAUUUACUGUAAUCCUUUUUACUGUUUAAGUCUUUGAGAGUGGUGAUAUUUUGAACUAUUGUCUCAUUAAAGACACGUUUCGUACUAUGUAUAUAUUGAUGUUGAUGUUUGGAUAUAUUAUGUAAGAUAUCUAUUGUCGCAAUUGGACGGUUCAUCUGUAGUGAAUGACAAUGAAUGUUUCACAACAACUAACUUUUAUGACAACUUUCAUCGGCAAUGAAAGAUCAUUUUUUAAUUAUUAUGACAUGGUGAUAAAUGCGUCAUCGCAAAGUUAAACAAUAAUGAAUCGUCUAAUUUCGCCCUACAUACUAUCUGUAUAUAUGUAUACAGUCGGCUAAGACUGUAAAAUAAUCUGUCUAAUUGUUGCAAGAUUCAGUAACAAUAUCUUAGAAAAACUUGUUUCAUUGGUUUUUAUUGGCUGUAUUUAUUUAAAUUUGUCGAGUCUUUAUAAUAUCUGCUGUCACGUUAGUAUGUCUAAGAUGCGUCAACGACAUAUGUCGUAAAGAGAAAAAGAUAUAUUGUCGACCAAUAGCGGACGAAACGAUAGUAUCGCUUUCUCUCUCGUUGCUAUUAGAUGAUGUAUUUUAAAGUGAAAAAUACUUUAAACACGUUGGACAUUUUUUGGUAGGCUUAAUGGGACCUCAGCGGCGUCACCGGGGGGUUUGGGCGAGCGCAAAAGCAUUGCCUGAUGGGGACCGAAGGCAUAACCGAAUGUCACUGACGAUCAAGCACUCUAACAUGCCUGCAGCGGUAACGGCUUGACGUCCGAUAAAACUGAUCGUGUAUCUGUAGCAUUACAGCUUAGUAUAGUGCUGAGUACACUUUUAUACUAUUAGAUAUGUUUCCAUUAUCUAUCGGCAGUCUCCCUAACUUUUUACCAAUUUUUGUCUUCACGAGAUAUUUCGUUGACGCAUGGUAGACAAAAACUGAGACUAAACUGUUGUUUAUUGUUCCGUCUCGCCACUAUGCGACUGACAAUUUGCGGGUAUUCAAAGAUAUUAUAUGGCAACAGAUAGGAUGGCCGUUUGAUUGAAAAGUGAUAAAUUACGACAUAAUAAUAAGGGAAUUUGAAUAAGACUGUUGUGUACAGUCUGUGAGGAAGAAUGUUUUGGCCAGUCUGAACAUGGGUUUGCGCUGGCGCGAGCGAUUGCUAGUCUUAUAAUAUGAAUAUAUUAUUAUUAUAGUGAAAUUUAUUUGAAUAUUGAAUUAAAAUAUAAAUUGCAUCAUAAUUGUUCGCUAUUUAUAUUCAUUAGAGAGAACUUAUUUGAUAAUUAUAAUAAUGAAAUUAAUUUCUCGUGACGUCGGUUUAUCGUGUCUGCCCGACAAACAUCAUGACAAUAAAUAAAUGUUCUAUUUUUCCGAAACAUAGGGGUUUCAGAGCGCACUGUAUAUUAAAUCAAAUUAUAUUUUAUUGGUAAAUAAAUAUAGACAUUCACAUUUAUUAUUAUUAAUUAAAUCGCGUUUCGAAUGUAGUGACUCACAGUUGUCUAUACUACAGUCUUUCUUGAUAAGUGCUGUUUACCAAAAAAGAAAUUAUGUAUGAAGGUAGAAAACGCAUGAACGGGUUAAUUAUUAGGUGUGAAAUGACUCGUGAUUUAUACUCUCAUUUUUAAUAUGUUUGUUGGUAUAUUCACCAAGAAAGGCUGUAGUAUAGUUAUUGUUUUAACUAAAUAAAUAAGGAGCUGAGAAAUAAUUACGGCCACUUUUAUUAUUUUUCCUUCAGGAGAUAACUUCUUUGUCGAUUUUGACUAGGUCUAUUUUUUUAUGUGUUUUCUAUAGUUAACUACACAAUUUUGCAGUUAAUAAUGGUAGUUUCAUUGAUCAACUGUGCAUGGUUCCAAUGAAUUUAGUUUCAUGAUUUAUUGUUUGUAAAGCUUUCAAUAAUUUUAACCACAACUGUGUCUUACUAUAAUCAUAACGCUAUAAUAUAGGCUAUAUUAUUAAUAACAAUCGAUGAAUUUAGUUAAAUUUUGUGUUCGGCAUUAAAAUGGCCAGAGAUAUAUUGCAUUUAUUGUAAUCGUUCCUUAUAAGAUAAAAACUUCUACUCGUUGGGUAUUUUUGCUAUUAGACAAUUAAGCAUAAUAUUGAAUUUAGGUUAAGACCACAAAUUAAACUCUGUUCGUUUAGAAACUUACCUAUAAGUUGAACUUAAGCAAACAAAAAUGAACCUUGAAUAUAUAUUAUCCUUUUGAUAUAAUAGGUAUAUUGUUGGAAAAAAAUCAACCGGCAAAGACGUAUCGUCAAGCAAUUUAGCGUUCCGGUACGAAACCGCGCAGAAACCGACAGAAGUAAACUGGUAAACUAUGUAAAUUUGUACCUCUUUCAGGUAAGCCGGCUUUGAUUGUGUGUGACGGGUUAAAAUAGUAGUAUACCAAAAAUUUUCUUAGAAGUCUUAUCACCAAAACAAACCCGUCUUGUCACUAAAAUCACAUAUUUCACUUACGUUAUACGUAAUUUCUAAAGAACAAAGUGUCUAAAUCCUUUAUUAUACGCAUACAGUACGAAUUACACCAAAAACUACACCGAAUUUACGAUUUAUUCACAUUUAUUUUCUGAAAAACAAAAUCACAACAAGAUUAAUUUGCACAGCUUAACUACGAUUACGGCAAUUUGACAUUUCGUAACGCUAGAUUGUCUAUGAAAAGCAAGGAUGGGUAAAUAACAUCGAGUGUUAACUUAUCGAUAAAUGAUAAUGAAUGAUUCUUUAAUAAUUGAUAUGUUGUUAGUUUAAAGAUGGGAAAAUGAAAUAUUUUAUAAUCAUUUUAUUUUAAAAAAUAGUUUUUUAAUAAAAAUGUUAUACAAUACAUAUGCUCACGUUAUUCUAUAGCGUAAAAGAUAUCUUACGAAUAGUAGCAUUAUUCAAACACUGGUAUGGAUAACAUUAUCUCAAUACGAUUUUUAAUAAAAAUCGUCAAAUCAAGAUUUUAACAAAAACUAGCAAUGUAAAUUUAAUUUGCAAAAUGCGCGCGAUCAGCUGUUUUCCAAGAGGUCAAAUAGGCAGGUCACGACUAAUAGGUGUCUAUCUAUACAAAGUCACAAACAAACUGCGCGACGUUGUAUUGCCGACCGCCGCCGGUGCCGAGGAAAAUAAUUGCUAUCUCUCUCUAACCUAAGCCGCGCGGCGUGGUUAAUAGGUAUUUUCAAAAUAUUGAAACUUUAGGUCCUUUCGCUAGACGCUACGCUAUUUUUUCUUUAGUUCGUGUUCGGCGGUCUGUUGACAAACAAACCAAAAUUCAAAAACCUUUGUGUAUGUUCUAUGUUAUGUUAGUAGUGAUUUUCUGUAACGAAUACUCAUACAAUUGUGUCGUUUGUAUUGUGUGUGUUUGUGUGUGUUGACUGAGAAGUCUUGAAAUGCUUAGAUCAAAUCAAUUCAGUACUCAUGAAUAUUGUACCUACUAUGACGACAGAACGUCUCGUAAACGAGAAACAACCUGAAGUAAGUUAAUUACCUGUACCUAGUUAAAAACUUGUAAAGUAUAAAAAAUAGGUAUUAGAUAGGUAAGUGUAGCCAGCCGAUUUGCUGUCGAUGCGUACGUACCUACUCGUACGUACACAGUAGAUUGCGGAGCGUUGUUAUCGCAUUGUUAGCUGUACAUUGCGUGCUCAAAAUUUUCAAAAUCUGAAUUUUCUCAUUUCCCACGUAAUUGUUAUUUAAAAUAUCGUUGUGGAAACUAAAUUUAACCUCUUCACGCAGUUUUCGGUAUCAUGUCCCUUACACCCAGUAUGUACGUGGAUACGUGCACACUUUUUUGAAGUAUAAGCAAAUCUUGGACGUUAGUACGUCCCCAAAAGAUUAAAGAAAGAGACGGCCGCGUGGCGCAGUGGGUAGUGACCCUGCUUUUUGCAUCCACGGCUGUGGGUUCGAUUCCCACAACUGGAAAAUAUUUGUGUGAUGAGCAUGAGUGUAUAUAAGUAUUUAUAUGUAGUAUAUAAUUGUAUAUUAAUACUAUAAUAUCAACUAUCUUAGCACCCAUAACACAAGCUACUCUGUAUGCUUACUUUGGUGCUAGAUAGUGAUGUGUAUUGUUUAAGUAUAUUUAUAAUAAUAAUAAAAAAAGAUUACCCCAUUUCUUAACCACGCGUACCCAUAGGCAUAAACCGUGCACCGUUCACCGUUUGUGACACGUGAUAUUUAAUUUCUUAAAAUGCACACAACCGACAAACGUUACUAUACGUUCCCUUUUAAGAUAACGUAGUAUAGUAACGGAUGUUUUAGUUUAGGUAUUUCAGUUAUAACGAUACCUACUUGAUAUCGUUCCGAUGCCCGCCGUUAACUUCUCAACCCUACUGAUUGUCUUUGAUUCAUAGUCGGCCAUUAUUGUUGUGUAAAAAAGUCAUCUAAGUAAAUUUCGAGUAUAGUUACUACUAUUUUAACCCUUCACUGAGAACUCACCUCAUGCACCUCAACCGUGUAUAAGUUUUUGAACAUAUUCCUAAGUUUCUAAACGUUCAGAUUUUAAUAUAAAGACCUAAUUUGUCGCGACAACAUUAGCGAAUCGUGGGUAGCUUGUACAAACAUGAUGUGCCAACUGAGUCGGUGAGCUUUGGCGAUAUAGCUCACAGGUUUGUGAUAACUGGAGGCCCUAAACUUGGUGUACUUGGUAUAGAGAAUAUAGUUGACAAUGAUCUAAUAAUGAUUAUUUUGUGUUCACUCUCGUAGGCCUAGCAUGCGUCGACGACAUCUCAGUGCAGUUGAAAUAUUGCAUUCUCUUUAGUCUUAACGCAGCGAAAGAAAGAGUUAUAUUUCAAAAGCGCCGCUAUUGGUCGCAAUUUGUAUUUCUCUCGUCUUGACAUAUGUCGUGGUGCGCAUCAUAGGUCUAUCGAAAAUAGAGAAAUAAACUUAACGUUUAUUUUAAAUGUACCUACUACUACCGAAUAAGAAAAAUUAGAUGGGUUUUUGUUUGGACGAAGGAAGUUCUGUCAUUUUAGCGUGCAGUAGAAAUGUCUUCUGUCUCAAUAUUAAUGGAUUUUAGAUUCAUUAAGUUUCAUUGUUUUUCUCACUUUUUAGUCUGAUUUAUAGGAAAAGGUAAAGUUUUAUAAAUUGAUAUUUAGGUAUAUUUAACACUAAAUUCAUACGUUAAUAAGUGAACCACUUUUGUGUAGACUUUAGUGAAUGAACUUUCUUCUUUAAAUCCAAAAUCCAGAUCGAGAUGGCUGGUUAAGAAAAUAAUAAAAUUAAAUAUUCCAAAAAAUUUCAAUUUUUACAGAAAGUGGUGUAAGUUACACCAGCCAACUUUUUUUCAUCAAAUAACUUUGUCAAUAAGUAAUUUGAUAAAAAAAAUUCAAAAGCCAUAAUUUUAGUAUUCUGUGAAUUGACGCUAGUGAUUUUUUUUAAAUGACCAAUGUGCAUGAGCUGGACCAUAUUUUAUUUUUAAAUAAAAGCUUUGUUUUUUCUUGUAUUUUUCAGUAUGAUAUAUUCGCUAGCGUCAAAGUUACAUUCCAUUUUAUACAAAUAAAAAGUAAAUAUUUUACAAACACAAUUUUCUUCAUGUAUAAGCUUAAUAUUUUCAAAAUGUCACGCAGUGUAUGUAAAGGGGCUUUCUUUGAUUGUUAAUAUUCACAAGGUCUCAAUAAUAGUCAAUAAAAGUAUAUCUCAAGAGUAUCACAGUAUUUUUGUCAUUGACAACUUGAUGUAGACUUACGUUAGUGAUAAAUCUUGUACUUAAAUUUAGACAAUUAAGUAUUUAAGUUUCCUGGCAAUAUUUAAACUUUAUUUUUAUUUAGUAAUCGUUUAUUAAUCUAUUUUUGUAUGUUAUAGUUUUAGUAAUUGUUUAUGUCCGUUUUGCAUUUGGACGUUAAACACCAAUUAUUCAAGGGAUUUGGAUGAUGUGUGUAAUAUUACAUUAAUUUUAUUUGUACUGUGUACUUAUACUGAAAAAAUGGUAUGUCACUCACCAUCAGUUAAGAACGUAGCGCAAGUCUAAUUUAUUUAUAAAAAAAAACUGUCUGACAUUACUUUUUAACUUGGUAGUGAGUCCGAUUCCCAUCAGUUAUAUUGAAUUUCGGUAAUUGUAAUUUCAAAAUUAGUCCAGUUCAGAUCUAAUCUAGUUCUAGAUCAACUAGAUUACAACAGAUUUGUUUCGCCGUCAAUUGUAAAACAUUAAAUAUUAUGUUGUGAUUGUGAUCUUUAUAUAUAUAUAUAACUCAUUUAAAAAUAUGUCAAUUGUUGACGUCCAAAUGUAAAAUCAGGACAGUGGAAUCCCUCCUCCAUUUGUUUAUGAAUGUGGCAACGACAAUACAUACAUGACAUGUAUUGCUCAAAUAUGCUCAUUUGUCCUUGUAUUAUUAUUGAUAUUAAUUGUUCGACUAUUGUAGUUUAAGGUUAAUUUCCGAUCCUAUAGUAAUCUUUUUUUUGUUUAGCGUAUUAUGAACACGAUCUGUCAGUUUGCGGGCUAAGUACCCGCGUGUAUUUAGAUUAGAUGAAAUGAGAAAUAAACAUUUACCUAGACAAU